CGAUAUCGUACGGUCACUCUGUUCUUGUAGCCAAAUUAAAACAAGAAUUCGAAAUGUGUGACGCUGUGGAGAAAAUGUUGGCGGGAAUGGCCACCAACCGGCAGACCAUGAACCGACAGUUGGCCAAGAUAGACGAGGUGAUGGAGCGGUCGAACAACAUCUUGCUGCACAUCGAGUCCAACAGCAAGGCUCUCAGCCAGGGUGUGGGUCCUGCGGAGUCCCAAAAGGUCUAUAACCUUCGCCCGGAGGCAGAGAUCGCCCUGUCCAAGAUUCUGGAGAACUUCAAGCUCCUGAUGCGGAGCACUGACCAGCGGGAUGAGGCCUUCAGCGCCCUGGACGGAUGCCUGGCCUACAGGCACCGGGUGGAGCACCUGGGCAGCUCCGUGCGCAAGCUGGUGGCCCUCUACGACACCGUCGGCCAGAUGAGGAGCUCCCAGGAGGAGCAAGAUGCCAGCGAGGACUCCCCCUAACCCCUCCGAAUGUGAUAAGAUGGAGUUGGCCAGAAUUACAUUUAUUAGGUUUCCUAUUGAAUACAAUUACAUGGAUACAA